CAACAUACUGCGCACGAAACGCAUCUGAAGCAGUGUGUUCUUCAUCACAGUAGUACGUACAGUUAUACGGUGUCAGGUGGUCCCAUUAAAUCUGCGUUUAAAAUAUCUGAUAGUUAUAAAGCUGCAUAGAGAGUCUGUGACAAAAUUUAUUGCCUGCAAUUUUUGAUUAUUUACGUUUAUACCAGUAACCAACAGCAAAGAUGAAGACUAAAUUCAUCAAUGGCGUCUCUUCCUUGCCUUCAAUGUCUCUGGGUUUAUUGGUAAAUGAGAAUGUCCUCGAAGUCCAGCCAGACAUUGUGAACGACUGCAAAGACAUUAUUCGACCGGAUGAGCCCGACCACCAGACGAAGCGUAAGGCGUAUCUGUGGUGUAAAGAAUUCCUUCACGGAGCCUGGACGUGCAUAGAUGAAGAUGAUUUCCAAAUCUCUGUUAUCAGGGGAGGUCUCAGCAAUAAACUGUUCCUCUGCGCUUUGCCAGAGAAGCAACCAAGCAUUGGAGAUGAACCACGAAACGUGCUCCUUCGUCUCUAUGGAAAAAUUCUGCAGAUGUCCUGUAAUAAAAGGGAUUCCAGACAAUCAAACACAGAAAAUCACUUUCAAGGAGCUGAUGCCAUGGUACUGGAGAGUGUGAUGUUCGCCAUCCUGGCCGAGAGGGAGCUUGGGCCCAAGCUCUAUGGCAUUUUUCCACAGGGGAGACUGGAACAGUUUGUCCCUAGUCGAAAAUUGUCUACAGAUGAGCUGAGUGUCCCUGGUAUAUUUGAUGAGAUUGCUGAAAAGAUCACCAGAUUUCAUGGAAUGAGAAUGCCCUUCAACAAGGAGCCAAAGUGGCUGUUUGGCACCAUGGAAAAGUACAUGGAUCAAGUGCUUCAGCUCACCUUCACCAGGGAGCACCAUCUACGAAACUUCUCCCGCCUUUUGAGCUACAACUUGCCUCAAGAGAUGGACAGUCUCAAGUGUCUACUUGAGUCAACUCCCUCUCCUGUUGUUUUCUGCCACAAUGACUUGCAAGAAGGAAACAUCUUGCUCCUGAAUGGCCGUGAGAACACAGACAGACAGAGGCUCAUGUUAAUCGACUUUGAAUACAGCAGCUACAACUACAGAGGAUUUGACAUUGGAAAUUUCUUCUGUGAGUGGACUUAUGACUACACCUAUGACAAGUUUCCAUUUUUCAUCACCAACACCAAAAAAUACCCCACCAAAGCACAGCAGAUGCAUUUCUUUCAGCGUUAUCUGUUGGAAUCUCAUGCUGGAUUUGAAAACUUGAGUGAGGAGGACCAGCAGAAACUCAAAGAGGAUAUGCUAGUGGAGGUUAACAGGUUCGCUCUGGCCUCCCAUUUCUUCUGGGGAUUGUGGUCCGUGAUCCAGGCCAAAAUAUCAACUAUUGAGUUUGGGUACAUGGAGUACGCCAUGGCCAGAUUUGACGCGUACUUUGAGCUGAAAAAGAAGCUCAGGGUUUAAAGAAAACAUGCAUAAAUUCCCAACGGACAGUAGGAAGAGGGAACAGCUGCUCAUAUGUUGUCAAGAAAAGAGCGGAGCAAAUUUUGAAUGUGCUUAAAAGAGGAUGCUCUGCGUCUGUAGUGAUUCAGCCGUGCUGUAUGGACCAAAAUCAAUGCAACAUACGUAUUUAAAAAAAGGCCCUGUGCAUUGAGUGUCCCCCAUAUGCUGAUUCUCAGUGUUUACAAGUUUAAGCUUCUCACAUUUAACACACCAGCCUGAGCUUCUGGACAGCUGGAGAAUGAUAGAGGAGAAUAACAAGGUCACAUGGCGAAAAAAAAGACUGUAGGUCAGGGGAAAAUAUUUUACGCAGCUGCAAUUUGAUUCAUAAGUCAAAGAAUGGUGUGGUGGGAAGUUCUUGAUACUAACUUAAGCCUCGUGGUGUUUCUUAUCACCUAGUCAUGUAGUGUUAUCUACACAAUCGGUGAUAGAAGAUGCGCUGUGAAAGAGUAAGGUUCAAAAACUGGACCUGUUACCAGAAGAUGGUACAACAGAGCAAACGAUGUUAACACUGUGGUUCUGAUGAUUCAGUAUUGUGUUUGUUUCCAUUUCUGUUUCCAGUUUUUGGGUGUCCUUUUUACUGGAUGAUUUACCUCUUUUCUACUUCUAUUAGAUCAUGUCUUGUUUGAUGUCUUUUUCUAGUAGAUCCGCAUGAUGUGAAGUGAAAUACCUGUGGGACCGCACCAUCUGCAUGCUCCUUAGGAGAGAGAUAGUAUGAAAUAUCUGUCUUAAAGGGAUACUCAAAAUGAAAAUGUUGUCAUUAAUCACUUACCCCCAUGUCGUUCCAAAUCCAUA